GAAAUCUUCCCAAUUGCCAGAAGUGACGUCACAAACAAGGCAGGCUAAGUGUUUACUAACGAUAGCUAAAUGUCACAGCCUGAGCUGUAUUUGUAUUUUUAACGAAUACAAACAAAACGACCGUGGAGUGGUUGUUAAGGCGUGUGAUGGCGGAUCCAGCGGUGGCAUCGGUAGGUUCACUGGCUGCCUGCGGGCGUGCGAGUGGCAGCAAAGCAGCCACCAGCCCAGUGGAAAACUACCAGCUGGCCAGACGGCGCACCUUGCAAGUGGUCGUGAGCGCCCUCCUGACAGAGUCUGGCUUCGACUGUGCCGAGAAGGCAGCGGUGGAAACGCUGACAGAAAUGAUGCAGAGUUGUAUAACAGAAAUUGGGCGCUGUGCUAAAUCGUAUUGUGAACACACAGCCAGAAGCGUCCCGACCCUUUCGGAUACUGUGGUGACACUUAUCGAAAUGGGAUUCAAUAUUGACACACUGCCUGUGUAUGCUAAGCGCUCCCAGAGGAUGGUCAUAACUGCACCUCCGAUUACAAACCCACCUUUGACCCCCAAAGCACUGUCGGCUGGACAAAAGCACAUACAUCCACCUCACAUCCCAAGCCACUUCCCAGAAUUCCCAGAUCCUCACACCUACAUCAAAACACCUACGUUUCGGGAGCCAGUCUCAGACUACCAAGUGGUGCGAGAGAAAGCCGCCACUCAAAGGAGGGACGUGGAGCGAGCUCUCACACGCUUCAUGGCCAAGACCAGCAAAACACAGAGCCUCUUUAAGGACGACAUUACCGCCUUUCCAUUGAUUGCUGCGCAGCCGAGCACCAUUCCAUACCUCAACGCACUCCUGCCAUCCGAACUGGAACUGCAGACUCUGGAAGAAACGGACUCGUCUGAGCAGGACGACCAGACAGACAGUGAGAAUGCAACUGGAAACAUCAUCAAUGAUGACCUGGGUGUGGACAAAGAGAACGCCAUGCUUCCUCAAAGCGGCACCAUUCCCUCCUCAAAAAGCAACGAGGACAACAUGAUUGACAACCCAUACUUGCGACCGGUUAAGAAGCCUAAAGUGAGGAGGAAGAAAUGAACCAGGAUUUAAACACAUCUACAGACUUUUUGUCCACAAUGGGUCUUCCCACCUGCCCUUUGGCACAGCAGGCCGCCACUUCAUCACACUGCUGGUCCGCUGAGCAACCUGCAUUCUUCUACUGAAGAGAACUUUGGUUUGAUUUCAAAUGUUUUCCUUGUAUAGGCACUCACUUGCUUAAAACCUUAAUUUUGUAAUAAUUUACUGUGUUUACACAAAGUGUUACAUCGGCUAUUUUGUGAAUAAAGAAACUGUUUUGUUUUU